UUGAAAUUUAAAAUGGCACAACAGAAAAUCCCAACAGUGGCUUCUAGAAGGAAGCAUUCGGGCUGUGGCGCCUGGCCUUUUUAGUACUAACAAGCAUUUUAACUGAAGUUGUGAUGUAAUGGUUGAGAUUUAAAUUAGGAUAUUGAUCACCUUCAAAAGCAUCUUCUCUAUCGAUUAUAAUCCACCUCCCAAAAUUCCCAUCACACCCAGUGCACCAGUUCUGUCCGGUGGGAUGCAGAGGAUGGAACCAGUUCAGGGUCCUUUCCAGUUCAAACCACAAACCCGUAUAAAUUGCAGCACAUCUCUCCGCUAAUGAUUCAGUCCACUCAUAGCGCUGCAAGGUAAAUGGCAACAGAGCAGUGCAGCCGUAUUGAUCGUUUCCGUCUUUCACAGGCUAUAAGUUGUGAACAACCAGAGGCAGCACAGAUCACUUGUUAUUGUCCGGCUUUCACCAGCGGCGGAGAGUCUCUCCCGGAAUCAAAGUUUGACCGUUUUAGAAGAAUAAGAAGAUAAAUGAUGUGCUCGUAGGAUUGUGUCCAACAGCAGCAGCAACGCCAUUUCUCAAAAGGCAUUUGCUUACAUUUCAUAUCCAAGAUGAGAGCACCGCCAAUGUAAAUCAUGGGAGACUGGAACUUCCUUGGAGGGAUCUUGGAGGAGGUGCACAUCCACUCCACCAUGGUCGGCAAGAUCUGGCUCACCAUCCUGUUCAUAUUCCGGAUGCUGGUGCUGGGCGUCGCGGCGGAAGACGUGUGGAACGACGAGCAGUCCGACUUCGUCUGCAACACCGACCAGCCGGGCUGCCGCAACGUCUGCUACGACCAGGCCUUCCCCAUCUCCCUCAUCCGCUACUGGGUGCUCCAGGUCAUUUUCGUGUCCUCGCCCUCCCUGGUGUACAUGGGCCACGCCAUCUACCAGCUGCGGGCUCUGGAGAAGGAGCGGCACUGCAAGAAGGUGGCCCUCCGUCGCGAGCUGGAGGCGGUGGACGCGGAGCUGGUGGAGGUGCGGCGGAGGAUUGAGAGGGAGAUGAAGCUGCUGGAGCAGGGGAAGCUCAACAAGGCUCCUCUGAGGGGCUCUCUGCUGUGCACCUACCUGGUCCACAUCGUCACGCGCUCAGUGGUGGAGGUCAGCUUCAUGGUGUGUCAGUACUUCCUCUACGGACACCGGCUGAACCCGCUCUACAAGUGUGAGCGGGAGCCGUGCCCCAACGUGGUCGACUGCUUCGUCUCCAGGCCCACCGAGAAGACGGUGUUCAUGGUGUUCAUGCAGGGGAUCGCCUGCAUCUCGCUCUUCCUCAGCCUCCUGGAGAUCAUGCACCUGGGAUUCAAGAAGCUCAAGAGGGGCAUCCUGGACUACUACCCGCACCUGAAGGCCGACCUCGACGAGUACUACGUGGACAAGUCGAAGAAGGACUCGGUGGUGCAUCAGGUGUGCGUGGGCACGUCCGUGGGUCGCAAGACCACCAUCCCCACGGCGCCGUGUGGGUACACGUUGCUGUUGGAGAAGCAGGGCAACGGGCCCGCCUACCCUCUCCUCAACGCCUCCUCUGCCUUCGUCCCGAUCAAAGGGGACCCUGUCGCAAAGCCGGACCUCCACAAGGACGGCAAGGAGGGCGUCCCGAGCCCCACGGAGCAGAACAGCAACUCCAACAACACGAGCAGCGAGACGCGCUCCCCUCCUUCAGACAAACAGGAGGAGCCGGAGGAGCAGUCUUCGCCCCCUCUGGAACGCAUGGGGUGCACCAGCUCCGAGUAUCCGACCCUCCCCGUGGCCUCAUCGUGCGCAACGAUGUCAGGAGCUGCGAGGAAGUCGCGGAGGGUCAGUCCACCGUGGAACUGCUCCACGCUGGUGGAAGGCAACGGGUCGGACAGCGGAGACUCCUAUCAAGGGAACAACGGCGGGAAGCCGCGUGGCGGCUGCGUCGGACCCCGAGCGAGGGUGCUCUCCAAAUCAGACACGAAGAGGCCGAGCAGGCCUCAGAGCCCGGACUCCGCAGGGGAGCUGAGCUCAGUGUCUCGACACAGCCGCGAGAGCAACAGCCCCGUCCCAGCCUCUCCCAGCCGCCGCGUGUCAGCGGUGAGCAGCAACGGCAGCAGAAGGGCCCCAACUGAUCUGCAGAUAUGAGCAGACUGCACGCCGGUUGACAUGGCAACAGAAACGGCCAAUAAGACAGGUGUGGGGGUCACUUUUCACACAUUGGGAGUUCUUUGAGAGACUUUAAAAGCAGCACAAAAGGCCUUUGUUACGCGUUGGGGUGGAGAUUGAUUUCUCCAAAUAACUCCAAAGAGCAACUUUUUAAAACAAAAAAAUAAAUCUAACAUUCACUUUUCAGACUUUACAGCUGGUCUGUUACAGAGAUUCAGAUGGACAUGUAAUGAUUCGACUGUACGCCCGACAGCUCUGUCUGAAUGAUUAGAGAGGAAUGGAAAAAUGAACAGCAAAUCUAUAAUAUUGUUUCAGGUCACAACGUGCUGUUACACAACCUGAUUUAACCAUUUUAAAUCAGUAACGCUGCCUGGAUUAUUCCAACCCCAGUUGGAGAGUUCUUCAGUAAGAACAUUAAUCACAAAUAUGAGAUUGUCACAUUCGGAAAAUGUGCUAAAUAUCUUUGCGUUGUUAUGGUCACAUGAAUAAAAAAAUGCUGUUCAAUGUGCUGUCAUUUAUCAGACUUAAAUUUCUUUGGGGCACAUGAGCGGCAACCUCUGUGAUUGAUUUUGUAUGAGCUUUCUUACUCAGUAUGAUAUCAAUUGAAAUGUUUUUGAGAAAAUUAAAGGCCAUUCUAAAAAAAUGUAUAUU